CGACGUGACAUUACAGUUCGAGUGUCUUGUCAAAACGUUUAAAUAUACAUUAUAUAUAUUCUACAGUCAAAACGAAAAUACGUAAUAAAUUUGGAUUUGUUUUAUAGAAUUGUACUAUACAAACAAUAUAAGAAGAGUCGUACGGAUUUAUAUUAAUAUUUAUUCAUUGCAAUCGCAGUUGUAAAUUAUAAAUCAUUUAACCUAUCUUAGUGCUCGUGCUAAGAAGCCGGUUUCAGUACGUCAAAUUGGAUGAAAUGAGUUCGUAUAGUGUGAUUACGUCCGACUUCGUGAAUUUAUCAAUUACGAACUCUGGUCAACAGUCAUGUUGUGUCGAACGUCGAUUUCAAAAGGGCAUAACUAUCGACGAGUUCAAAGGAAAAUUGGAGCUUCUCACGGGAGGCAAUCCAACUACAAUGUCUGUUGAAGUCUAUGAUAAGAAUGAUAAACUUAUUUGCAAAUUGGAAGAAGGACAACGUCUUCUGGGAUCAUAUCCAGUCGAUGAUGGCAUGAGGAUACAUGUUAUUGAUAAUUUUUCAAGUACUGCAGAAGAUUUAGAUCGUGUAAAAAAGUUUGAAAUAUCUGAGGAGGAAUAUGCUAAAAAGACAGAUACUGUGAAAGCGUUCCUAGAGAAGAACAAAUUAGGGAAAUACAAUGAAGAGGAUAUGAAAAGAAAAGCAGAAGAGAAAAAACAUGAGGAGGAGGCGGAAGAACAUUUAGCCAGUCUAUGUAAAGUUGGGGAUCGCUGUGAAGUAUCUGUCCCAAAUCAACCAAAACGAAGAGCCACCAUUUUAUAUGUUGGUAAAACUGAAUUUAAAGAAGGCUGGUGGAUUGGUGUUAAAUAUGAUGAACCCCUUGGCAAGAAUGAUGGAAGUGUUGGUGGAAAAAAAUAUUUCGAAUGCGCACCGAAGUAUGGUGGUUUUGUGAAGCCAAUGCACAUAAAAGUUGGAGAUUUUCCUGAAGAAGACUUCGAUUUGAAUGAAGAACUGUAAAACACAAUUGACUUAAUGGACAUUCUCUGUUUUAUUAUAAUUUUGUAGUAUAUACAAAGUUAUUUAAUAUAAAAUAGGUAUUCAAUGCAGUUCAGUUCAUUUUUUACAUUAAAUGUGUACUCAUCAAGUAUUAAUAUAUCGGUAUCAUCUAGUAUUA